AUGGCUUGGGCACCAGGAGCACUUGUGCUGGGGUUUUUGGGCCUGUGCUGGUCUUUGGCCAUCGCCCACCCUCUUCCUUCGACUAGUGCCCCAGGGAAUGAAGCUGAAGGUGGGAAUGGAACCAAACCAGACCCAGACGUCCUUGAACGAUGCUCAGAUGGCUGGGGCUUUGAUGCUGCCACCCUGGAUGACAGUGGGGCCAUGAUAUUUUUUAAAGGGGAGUUUGUGUGGAAGAGUUCCAGAUGGGCCCGAGAGUCUAUCUCAGAGCAAUGGAAGAAUUUCACUGGCCCCGUGGAUGCUGCAUUUCGCCGUGGUCAUGACAGCGUCUUCCUGAUCAAGGGAGACAAAGUCUGGGUGUACCCUCCUAAGAAGGAGAAAGAAUAUCCAAAAUUGCUCCAAGAUGAAUUUCCUGGAAUCCCAUCCCCACUGGAUGCAGCUGUGGAAUGUCCCCGUGGAGAAUGCCAAGAGGAGGGUGUCUUCUUCUUCCAAGGUAACCACAAGUGGUUUUGGGACUUUACAACGGGAACCAAAAAGGAGCGUUCCUGGCCAGCUGUGGGGAACUGCUCCUCUGCCCUGCGAUGGCUGGGCCGCUACUACUGCUUCCAGGGAAACCAGUUCCUGCGUUUCAACCCUGUCACGGGAGAGGUGCCUCCCAGGUACCCUCUGGAUGCCCGAGACUACUUCAUGACCUGUCCUGGCAGAGGUCAUGGCCCUGGACACGGAAAUGAGACCCACCAUGGGAAUAUCCCUGAGCGCUGUAGCCCAGAUCUCGUCUUGUCUGCACUACUAUCUGAUAUCCAUGGCGCCACCUAUGCCUUCAGUGGGUCCCACUACUGGCGUCUGGACACCAGCCGGGAUGGAUGGCAUAGCUGGCCCAUUAUUCAUCAGUGGCUCCAGGGCCCUUCCACGGUGGAUGCUGCAUUUUCCUGGGAGGACAAACUCUAUCUGGUCCAGGGCACCCAGGUGUAUGUCUUCUUGACAAAGGGAGGCUAUACCCUAGUAAGUGGUUAUCCAAAGCGGCUGGAAAAGGAACUUGGGAGCCCUCAGGGGAUGAAUCUUGAUGCUGUGGAUGCAGCCUUUACCUGUCCUGGUUCUUCUCGGCUCCACGUCAUGGCAGGAGAGCGGCUGUGGUGGCUGGACCUGAAGUUAGGAGCUCAAGCCAAAUGGACGGAGCUCCAUUGGCCCCAUAAGAAGGUUGAUGGGGCCCUGUGUGUGGAAAAGUCCCUAGGCGUCAGCUCAUGUUCUGCCAAUGGUCCCAGCCUGUACCUCAUCCAUGGCUCCAAUGUUUACUGCUACAGUGAUGUGGACAAACUAAAUGCAGCUGAGGUCCUGCCUCAGCCCCAGACAGUGGCCAGCCUUCUUGGCUGUAAUCACGUACGGGCUUCCUGA